ACUUGUGAGAACCGUAGAAUCCGGAAAAUAAAUAUUAAAAAAAAUCUAAGAUCGCGAUGCCGAAGGAAAAGCCCACCAAGGGUAAGGGUGAGGGCGAGCCGCCCGUUAAGUGGCAGCGCAAGCAACGCAACGAGUCCUACUCCGGCGGAGGACGAGAAGGAGGAGAAGGAGGAGGAGGAGGUGCCCCCGGGAUGAGGAACAGAUCGCCCACGCCCCCGAAUGCCACUAAGAUCAGCGAAGGGGACGGCAGCGAGACCAGCGACUCUUACUUGAGCAGCUCAUCGGAAACCUCCGGAUCCUCCAGUUACACCAGCUACACCAGCUCCUCCAGCUCCUCCAGCUCCGUCUCGACCAGCGAGGACUCCCAGGAGGAGCCGGAGGGAGCAGCCGCCGCCAAGAGGGCGAAGCUCUCGUGCUGCCACCACCGUCACCACCGACUCCACCGGCGGCGCCAUUACCAUCACUCGCCGCAGCGCCAUCACUCCCAUCGCCCCGACCAUGGACGCUCCCCGAAGGGUCUGUCCGGGAGGGUCAGUCGUCGAGGAGCCGCCCCCGCCACCAAGAAGGCAGUGGUGGUCAAAGAGGAAAUGCCUUCCACCUCCGGCAGCCACCCGGUGGCCAUCCAGAUACCGGCGCCCAUUCCGCUUCCCGUGCCGGCUCCAGUUCCAGCUCCCGCUCCCGCUCCUAAGUUGGCCAGGGAGCUGCGCCUGGAGCAGCAGCUCAAGUAUCAGCAGCCCCUCCAGCGCAAGUCACGCAUGCGCUGCUCCGGCACCCAGGCCCAAGCCCAAGCCCAAGCCCAAAUCCCGGCCAAGACCAUCACCAUCACCAUCACCAAUAGCCUGGCCAACGCCGGCUCCAUCUGUGCGGCGGCCACUAUGGGUGCCCUGCCCAAGGCCAAGAUCAUGGCCGGAGGAGCCAGAUCCAGCGGCAUGAAGGUGGUGUCCAUUUCCAGUGCCAGUCCCAUGGCCAGCAAGUCGUCCAGCCAGGUCAGGAACCCAGUCCCCAGUGGCUCCACUGCGAAGGCUCCGGCCAAGACCAGUCAACCCAAUUCGAGUGCCAGCCAAGCGGACUCCAAUGGCAAGUCACCGAUGAGAAAGGACUCCUCCAACUCCUCCAACUCCUCCAACUCAUCCAACUCCAAGAUGAGGGCAUCGAACGGUGAGCGACCGCGUGGCGGUUCUGCCACGCCCCCUGGUCCGGGCUCAAGGCGUCAGUGGGGGAAUGGGCGGAACAAUGACCACAAUGAGAACCAGUGCAAGCAGAGGCGCAAUGAUGUUUAUGAAGAAGAAGGAGGAUCCGGAGGAGGUGGAUCAGGAGGUGGAUCAGGAGGAGGUGGAUCAGGAGGAGGAGAAAGAGGAGGUCCAAGAGGAGGUGGACCCCAUGACCAUCCCGACGCCGUGGGCAACCAAACGGCCUAUCGCAAUGGCAAGCACGCCAGCAAAUUCCGCCAACCCGUCCGCAGUGUGCGCCUCCACAUCAGAGGACUGACCCGCCAGGUGAGGAAGGAGCACAUCACCGAGAUCUUCGGCCAUUUCGGAGCCCUCAAGGCCGUCGACUUUCCCAAGGACCGCUUCCAGGGACGCUUGGGGCGUGACUUCGCCUUCGUCGAGUACGCCCGUCCCGAGGACUGCGCCUGCGCCAUCAAGCUCAUGAAUGGCGGCCACAUCGACGGCAAGCGGAUCACGGUGUCCGCCUUCCAGGAGAGCAUGCUGAAGGCUCCGUGGCGCCACUACCGCCGCUCCUCGCUGGUCAGCUACCGCCGCCAGCGUCACGGCUCGCCGUCCCGCUCCCACUCUCGCUCCCGCUCUCGCUCUUACUGCCAGUCACGCUCCAUGUCCCGCUCCCGCUCCUCUCGCUCGCAAUCCCUGUCAGGAUCGGGCUACAAUCGCCGCUACCGCUCCCGCUCGCGCUCCCGCUCGCGCUCCCGCUCGCGCACCCGCUCCCCCUUUUCCCUCGGCCGCUCGUCGCCGCGCUAGGGGCAGUGCCACCGCCCCGGAUGGCGUUCGCCUUAGCCAGGUCGCACUGUCGUCGCGGUGGACAUAAGGCGACAUCCAAG